GUGCCGGGCUGUGCCGGGCCGGGCCAGGCCAGGGCAGGAGUAGGGAGGGACGGCGCCUGAGUUGGCGUUGCCGGGGACAGGCGCUCGGGGCAGCCCGCGCCUCGCUGAGGUCCUCUCCCCAUCCCGGCCGGGCCGGCUCGCCUGUCAGUCACUGGGGCGGAGGCAGAGGCUGUAGCGGGGCCAGAGUCGGGCGGUGAGAAGAUCGCGGGCCAGGCCGAGCGGAGGGGACCUGCCACAUCCCCUCAACAUUACGGACUCAUCGCCCCAGACUGUCACAGCUGCACCCCCGCGCUUCGUUGGAACGCCUCCGUAACCCGCGAAGGGCUCUCUCUCCCCCGUGACCUCCCACCUCCGUGACCUCCUCAUAAGACCCAGGAGCUCACUCAGACGAGGGUGUUGUGGGUACAGGCCAUCGACCCUGUGACCCCUCACGGGCCAGGGGCUCGGUUUCCCCCAUAGGCCUCCCUCCCUUAUGACUCCCCUCCUCACAGAUUGUGGGAACAGAGCGGUGACCUACCACUAGGAGACCCGCCUGAGAGAACUCCUCACUGACGGCUCUCUCCUCAGAAUCCCCCUCAUUGGGUCUCCUCCUUUUGGUUCUGGCAAGUCCCCCACUCCCAACCGAGGUGGGGAGGCCUCGGCAGCCAUGCCCGCCCUGGGGCCCCUGUCACCCCACCACUCCCUGGGCACCCAAGCUGGGGUCUAGCAGGCGGCCAGCAGCCAAGGAGCUGGGGGCAGGAAACAGGUCAGGGUCCACCUCCCCGCUGGGGAGGGAGCAAAGAUGGAGCGGCGGGAGGAGCAGCCGGGGGCUGCUGGGGCUGGAGCAGCACCAGCCUUGGACUUCACUGUGGAGAACGUGGAGAAGGCGCUGCACCAGCUCUACUACGACCCCAACAUUGAGAACAAGAACCUGGCUCAGAAGUGGCUGAUGCAGGCCCAGGUAUCCCCACAGGCCUGGCACUUCAGCUGGCAGCUACUGCAGCCCGACAAGGUGCCUGAGAUCCAGUACUUUGGGGCCAGUGCCCUGCACAUCAAGAUCUCUCGCUACUGGAGUGACAUCCCCACUGACCAGUAUGAAAGUCUAAAGGCACAGCUCUUCACCCAGAUCACCCGCUUUGCCAGUGGUUCCAAGAUUGUGCUGACUCGGCUGUGUGUGGCACUGGCCUCGCUGGCCCUCAGCAUGAUGCCUGACGCUUGGCCAUGUGCUGUGGCAGAUAUGGUACGGCUCUUCCAGGCUGAGGACUCGCCAGUGGAUGGCCAGGGCCGCUGCCUGGCUCUGCUGGAGCUGCUGACAGUGCUGCCUGAAGAAUUUCAGACCAGCCGCCUGCCUCAGUAUCGCAAAGGCCUGGUGCGGACCAGCCUGGCAAUGGAGUGUGGGGCUGUCUUCCCGUUGCUGGAGCAGCUGCUCCAGCAGCCCAGCUCACCCAGCUGUGUACGUCAGAAGGUGCUCAAGUGCUUUUCCAGCUGGGUUCAGCUGGAGGUGCCACUGCAGGACUGCGAGGCACUCAUUCAGGCUGCCUUCACGGCUCUGCAGGACUCAGAGCUCUUCGACAGCAGUGUGGAAGCCAUUGUCAAUGCCAUCUCACAGCCUGAUGCCCAGAGGUAUGUGAACACACUCCUGAAACUCAUCCCGCUGGUGCUGGGACUGCAGGAUCAGCUACGACAGGCAGUGCAGAAUGGGGACAUGGAGACCUCCCAUGGCAUCUGUCGCGUUGCUGUGGCCCUGGGCGAGAACCAUUCCCGGGCCCUGCUGGACCAAGUGGAGCACUGGCAGAGCUUCCUGGCCCUUGUCAACAUGAUCAUGUUCUGCACGGGCAUCCCUGGCCACUAUCCUGUCAAUGAAACCACCAGCUCCCUGACCCUCACCUUCUGGUACACACUGCAGGAUGACAUUCUGUCCUUCGAGGCAGAGAAACAGGCUGUGUAUCAGCAGGUGUACCGGCCGGUCUACUUCCAGCUGGUGGAUGUGCUUCUGCACAAGGCCCAGUUCCCUUCUGAUGAGGAAUAUGGAUUCUGGUCCUCAGAUGAGAAGGAGCAGUUCCGCAUUUACAGGGUGGACAUCUCAGACACGCUUAUGUAUGUCUAUGAGAUGCUGGGGGCCGAGCUGCUCAGCAACCUCUAUGACAAGCUGGGCCGUUUGCUUACCAGCUCAGAGGAGCCCUACUCCUGGCAGCACACAGAGGCCCUGCUCUAUGGCUUCCAAUCCAUCGCAGAGACCAUCGAUGUCAACUAUUCUGACGUGGUGCCUGGGCUCAUUGGCCUCAUCCCUCGGAUCAGUAUCAGCAACGUGCAGCUGGCGGACACUGUCAUGUUCACCAUUGGAGCUCUGUCUGAAUGGCUGGCUGACCACCCCGUCAUGAUCAACAGCGUCCUGCCCCUCGUACUGCACGCCCUCGGCAACCCCGAGCUCUCCGUCUCUUCUGUGUCCACCCUCAAGAAGAUCUGCCGAGAGUGCAAGUAUGACCUGCCACCCUAUGCCGCCAACAUCGUGGCCGUCUCCCAGGAUGUGCUGAUGAAACAGAUCCACAAGACGAGCCAGUGCAUGUGGCUGAUGCAGGCACUGGGCUUCCUGCUGUCAGCCCUGCAGGUGGAGGAGAUCCUUAAGAACCUGCACUCGCUCAUCUCACCCUACAUCCAGCAGCUGGAGAAGCUGGCAGAGGAAAUACCUAAUCCCUCCAACAAGCUGGCCAUUGUUCACAUCUUGGGGCUUCUCUCCAACCUCUUCACCACGCUGGAUGUCAGUCAUCAUGAGGAUGAUCAUGAAGGCUCUGAGCUCCGGAAGCUGCCAGUGCCACAGGGACCCAAUCCCGUGGUGGUGGUGCUGCAGCAGGUCUUCCAGCUUAUCCAGAAGGUGCUGAGCAAAUGGCUGAACGAUGCCCAGGUGGUGGAGGCGGUCUGCGCUAUCUUUGAGAAGUCUGUUAAGACGCUGCUGGAUGACUUUGCCCCCAUGGUGCCACAGCUGUGUGAGAUGCUGGGACGGAUGUACAGCACCAUCCCCCAGGCCUCAGCUCUUGACCUCACUCGGCAGCUGGUCCACAUCUUUGCUCAUGAGCCUGCUCACUUUCCCCCAAUCGAGGCCCUCUUCCUGCUCGUCACCUCUGUCACACUCACUCUCUUCCAGCAAGGUGAUUGUCGCACUCCCACCCACUUGGAAGCUCCUGCAGACCUCUCGGUGCCCUCUCCUGCCAGCAUCCCUGUGACUCCAGCCGCCCAAGCACACUGACUUUUCCCUUACUCUGUCCCUUUGAUCCCCGUGUCUUGCGCCUCUGGCUGGAAUGCCCUGUGCCCUUUACUGGGUGAGCUCUCACUCCUCCAUGCCUCACCCAUGCAUCAUCCCUCAGAAGCUUCUGAGGUGGAAUCGCGUGCUUCUACCUUAGUGCCCAAACUGCAUCAUGUACUCACUGCUGAUACAGCACUAAUUGCACUCAAUUCAGCUUUCAUGCCUGUCUCUCUCCCUAGACUAAGCCCCUCGAGGGCAGGGCUGGAUCACUUCUCUGUGCAUCCCCAGUGCCCAAAACGAGGCCAGCAUAGAGCAGGCACCAGAUGCUGUUGAAGAAAGGAGGGUGAGGGCUCCCUGCCCUCGGAACCUUUCUUCCUCACUGUCUGGCCCACUGCUAAGCAGGGUGGCUGUUGAGUGUCGAACCUGAAGUCUGCAGUGGGACCCAGGCAUGGGGCACAUUGGGCCUCACUUUCCAAGACUUGAGUAACUUGGGGCUCAGAUGUGAAAGGGACGGGCUUUAUCAGCGGCUCCGCAUACCCUAGAGAAGGAAGCAGAGAAGAGAUUAUUAUCUGUUUUGCAGUGGGGAAACUGAGUGUUUGUGGCUUGCGCAAGAUCACACAGCUCCUUAGUGGUGUCUCAGGCAGAUAUUCCUGCAGUGCCUUCUCCUGAGAGCGGAGUGGCCCGGGCAGGAGCUCCUGGCGCUUGCCUUGUCCUUGCCACAGGCUUCAUCAGAAUUGGAGGCAGAAUCGUGUCCAACAUCCUGUUUGUUGGGCUUCUUGGUUGUCUUGCUGGACAGGAUGGCCCCCUUACCUGUAUGCCGUCCCAGGCUUGCCAGUCCUUUCUCAGGCCCUGCCCUCGCACUGCACCAUGGGGUGACACAUUGACUGGUUUCCCUCUUUCUUCGUGUGUCCUGAUGGGAGCUGGUCCUCAGCCCUGAGCUUCGUUCUCUGCUGAGUCCGUGUCCAUGUGGAGGGGCUUUGCUGGGUGGGGCUUUCAGUUUUGGCCUCAUGGUGCAGUUUCCUCCCCUAGGCCCUGCCAGUGGCCUGCCUGGCCAUACCCACAGCAUAUUGGGCACUGUCCUAUCCAAGAAGGAGUCCUUUGGUUUAAGUGGACCCAGUGGGUUCCUUUUUUUGGCCAGACCAAGAGCCCUAAGGCCAUUGAAGUGAGGGGGCACCUUCUCAGGCCCUGACACUGUGGCCAUUUCAGGGCCUUCAGUCAGGCUCCCCAAAGAGGUACCAAGAACCAGCCUCCCACCAGCCCUGUCCAACUCUUCGAUGGAUAGUGAUGGGGAGGUAUGUGCUAGGAAGCAGAGUAGGGUCACCCCAGUCUGUCGGAGGCCACAGCGAGAGUGCGGGGGCUGUUUCCUCAGCUCUGUGGAAUCCAGCAUUGUUCAAGCACUAAAGGAUCAUUUGGGGGAUUGACCUGAGGAAGAGUGGGGAGUAGGUGGAAGGCCCCUGGGGAGGGAGCUGGGGCAGGCCCGUCCUUCACUUUGCCGUCUCUUUCUGUUGGGCUUCUCCCCGUUCAUGGUUUUUGUAUGUUUUGUUUCUUUAUCUUGCUUCCUGCUGCUCAUGUGCCCCCAUGCUGUCUCCCUGCAGGCUCUCAGUCCCACAUAACUAUAUGAGGUUGAGUUGCUGUUUGUAUAAUUUUUUCUUAAGUUCCAUCUUUAUUAUA